CCCGCCCACGCCGUGCUCCCGCCGCGGGCGACAAUACCGAACGCCGCGGCCAUGGCCAUGGGGCUCUUCCGGGUGUGUCUCGUGGUGGUGACGGCCAUCGUCAACCACCCACUGCUCUUCCCGCGGGAGAACGCCACGGUCCCCGAGAGCGAGGAGGAGAUCAUCCGCAAGAUGCAGGCGCACCACGAGAAGCUGCAGCUGGAGCAGCUGCGCCUGGAAGAGGAGGUGGCGCGGCUGGCGGCCGAGAAGGAGUCCCUGGCGCGGGCGGAGGAGCAAGGCCAGCGGCCGGACGCGCACUCGGCCUGGGACCUGUGGAGCACCCUGUGCAUGAUCCUCUUCCUGGCCAUCGAGGUGUGGAGGCAGGACUACCAGGACGCGCCCUUGCCCGAGUGUCUGGGGGGCGAUGAGGAUGAGCUGCCCGCGCUCGGGGGCAGCCGGCUACAAGGCCUGGCCUUGCCCGACAUGGCCACACUGGCCCGCUUCCACGAGCGCUGCAUCCGAAGCGCCACGGCCGACGCCGCCCGCACCCGGGAGUUCAUGGAAGGCUUCGUGGACGACCUGCUGGAGGCACUGAGGAGCCUGGGCAGCCGGGACACCGACAUGGAGAUGGAGGACUUCGUGGGCGUGGGCAGCAUGUAUGAGAACUGGCACGUGGACAGGCCACUGCUGUGCCACCUGUUCGUACCCUUCACGCCUCCAGAGUCCUACCGCUUCCACCCGGAGCUCUGGUGCUCCAGCCGCUCUGUGCCCCUGGAUCUGCAGGGCUACGGGCAGAUCAAGGUAGCCCGGGCCGACGGGGACCCCCUCGGCUGCGUGUGCGGCAAGACCAAGCUUGGAGAAGACAUGCUGUGUCUCCUCCACGGCAAGAGCGACCGGGAGCAGUCCAGUGACAGCAGCGGCGGUGGUCACGUGGAAGACCUGCUGUGCUCCAGAGAGUCCCCAUACCUAGACACCAUGCAGGUCAUGAAGUGGUUCCAGGUGGCCCUCACCAGAGCCUGGCACCGCAUUGCCCACAAGUAUGAGUUUGACCUCGCCUUUGGCCAGCUGGACACGCCAGGGUCUCUUAAGAUCAAGUUCCGCUCGGGGAAAUACAUGCCCUUCAUCUUGACCCCUGUGAUCCAGUAUGAGGAUUCUGACCUGUAUUUUGUCUCCCACCUUCCGAAGGAGCCCUGCGGGGGGACCCCAGCCUCGAGCACCGACUGGCUUCUAUCCUUCGCUGUCUAUGAGCGGCAGUUCCUCCGCUCGAAGGCCAAGGCCCUGCCCGAGGGGGCCUGCCACCUCAGCUGCUUACAGAUCGCUUCCUUCCUGCUCUCCAAGCAGAGCCGCCUGACGGGCCCCAGUGCCCUGAGCAAGUACCACCUGAAGACCGCCCUGCUGCACCUGCUGCUGUCCCGGCGCGCUGCCGACUGGCAGGCCGCGCAGCUGGACACGCGUCUGCAGGAGCUGCUGCGCUUCCUGGAGAAGAGCCUGCUGGAGAAGAAGCUCUGUCACUUCUUUGUGGGCAACCGCAAAGUACCCGAGACCCUGGGACUCCCCGAGGCCAUACGCAGGGCCGAGCCUCUCAACCUCUUCCGGCCCUUCGUCCUGCAGCGGACUCUCUACCGUCGCACGCUGGACUCCUUCUAUGAGAUGCUCAGGAACGCCCCCGCGCUCAUCAGCGAGUACUCUCUCCACCUCCCCUCCGACCAUGCCAGCCUGUCCCCAAAAUCUGUGGUCUCCUAGAUUUGAGGGCCAAGAGGGAGAGCAUCCCACACAUCUAACCCUGCUCUGCCACCCCGAUUGUGGGGAGCAUGGUAGGCCUGGAGCAGAGCUGAGGUUCGGCUUGCCGGGAAGCCAGGUCCUGCAGAAUGGAGGAAACCAGAGUUCCAAUGGGACGCUGGCUCACUUUCCCGCCACAGGGGCUUGUCGGUGAAGCUGUUGGUUGAGUUUGGGGACGGAGCCUUUGCAGUUUACUUUUGGAUCCUGAUCAUCAUCGUGGGGGGCCAAGAGGGCGACAGAACACUCUUUGGACGCUGGGUUGGAAAGAACGUGAGCUCUGAUUUGAGGGUAAUCGGAAUCCAGCGUAAUCACAGGUCCGGUCAGCUUCAUAUCAGUAGACCGUCUGCUGGAAUGCUGCCAGGGACAGAGGUAAAACCCAGCACCCCGUGCCAGCAACCAGCCACCGGCAGCCACAGGAUGAAUAGGGACAGAUGUGGGAAUUCACAGCCUUUGGACCACAUCAAGCACAAUAGCAGGGGUCAUCCCACAGUGGCCACCACUUUGGUAGUUGGAGAAGAAAGAAACUUGGAUUCAAGACCCUGAGUAGCUAAUGUCUCUGUGACAUAGAAAUGAGUACUUGGUGGCAGAGUUUAAAGUUGGUCAGCCCCACUUCUCACUCAGACGUGUCCUCUUCCUUGUCCCAUCACUCAUGUGCCUCAUCGCAAGCACCGUAGGUGUCAUUUACUACAAUGGGUGCCAACCCAGCAGCCCCCAUCUCUCCCGGUCAUCAGGGUAGUAGGGGGAGGGCAGGUGCUGAAUGUGGGAGCUAAUUACAGAAAGAGGCUCAGGGUGACGGGGGCAAGGGACGCAGCCUGGCGCUGGGCUCUGGCUUGUGUGUUUGGAGAAAAUUUGCAGAGUCCUGAAACAAAGACUGCCAUAAUCUUGAGCUGCCCUUGGGGUGGGGGGAAUCCCAGCCCUAAGGCAAAGUGAGCUUGGAAGCAAGAGGUGCUAUGGAAACCCACCUAAAGCCCUCCACUUCCUCACUCCGGGGGUGCCGUGGUCACUGCACACAACCCGCCCUUUCUGCAUGGGCCUUGCUGACCACCCAGAUGACUCAGACCUAAAGAUCAUGGUGAAGGCUGGGCCUGUACAUUCAAAAGCCACCUGAGCACUUUGGGGGACAGUGGGCCCCAGAUAAGCACCAGAGCCCGAGGCUAGAGUGGGGGUCCUCUCUAGGGCUGGCUGAGUCCCCACAACCUCUCCUCCACCUGAGUUUCUCUGGCCCUUUGAGACCUCCCCUGUCAGCAUCGAGGCAGUAACCUUCACAGGGAGCCAAUGAGGAAGCAAGAACGGGGAGCCGGGUGGUACCUGUGUUCUCCCUCCAAGACUUAAGGCAGGCAGCGCAACCACAUUGACUGGGGUGCCCAGGCUUGCCCUAGCUCCACACACGCUCUUAGGUAGCCUCAGGAUGCUUCAAAAGAUAAUCUGCUGUGGGUAAUUAGUGGUGAGGAAGCACAACUGUGCUCAGCGCAGCCAGAAAUGGCAGAAGCCUCCAUGUGAGGAGCUAGACGGAGCAUGGUUAGCUUGCCCCUUCCCAGCCUUACGGUGGCAGCGGGGCCCAAGGGAAUGAACCUGACUAAGCGUGGCUCUCACAGCAGCCCUGAGCCACCUAUUCCACUAGGGUUCCUUUCCACAAUCAGGGCAGAGGUCCCCUAUUUAUUGUCAUUCUGUGCCUUUCCCCAUCAUCAUCCUCAUCACGCUGUGUUUUGAAGACAGCCCAGCACCCAAGAGCCAGCCUCAAGGAGCCAAGACCAAGCCUGUGUCUCCUGGGUGUCCCCUCCCCUUCCAGAGUCUGCUGGAAGAACACCUCUGACUUCUUGUUUAUGUGGAACUUGGUAGGGACGGAUACAGCUUCUGAUGGAACCGGGGAUCUUGGUGUUUCGUGCUGCCUUAUUUAUAUUAAAGGGAGAAUUAAAUUCUUGCAACGAGGA